AUGGACAUGGAUCAACAAAGAUAUUAUUAUUACAGCAUGUUGAGGCGGAGAACUCUCUGUGUUAUUGUUCUACUCUUGGCCCUCUGGUAUAGAAGCAGAGAUGGUAGAAAAUUUAGAGGUAAAGGCAGGAAGUAUGGUCCAUUAGUUCAGAGAGACAUCUACAGAACUAAUGUACUAAUUAGGCUCAUUGACACAUCGGAUGCAACAUGCAUCAAGCAAUUAAGGAUGACUCGAGCUGUAUUUUACAAGCUAUGUAACAGGCUUAGGCAGAAGGAGUUGUUAAGUGACACAUUUCAUGUUUCGGUAGAGGAACAAGUUGCAAUGUUCCUAUACAUGGUCGGUCAGCAUCACACAAAUUCAUCUGUUGGAUUUUGGUUCUGGCGAUCUAGUGAAACAGUGAGCAGAUAUUUCAAUAUUGUCCUGCGUGCGAUGGGGGAGUUAGCACGUGAUCUAAUUUAUAUUAGAUCGACGGACACACACACAAAAAUCACUAGCAGCCCGAACAGAUUCUACCUGUACUUUGAGGGAUGCAUAGGGGCACUAGAUGGCACUCAUGUUAAGGCUUGUGUUCCUGCUCACAUGGUGGACAAAUUUAGGGGCCGCAAGUCAUAUCCCUCCCAAAAUGUGCUAGCAGUUGUUGACUUCGACCUUCGGUUCACAUAUGUUCUAGCUGGUUGGGAGGGCUCUGCCCAUGAUUCUCUUGUGCUAAAAGAUGCCCUCUCACGUCCAACAGUGAGGGAACAAUUGAAGGAUGUAGUGUUUUGA